CAGACUCAUAUCUCAUCUCUAUGCACAAACUCUCUCUCUGAACAAAAACCCUUUUCUCUCACUAGAAAUCGUGCGUCUCUUGGUCACUUCUCCUGUUUUCUCUCUCUAGAAAUUUUUUUGGAGGGAAAUUUAUUUUUUCAUCUCUCUUAAUUAUUUAUUUUUCUAGGGUUUUCUUUUCUCAAUCUCUCAGAUUCUCUAAGAAAAUCUUUCUUCAUCUUCUUCUUCUACUGUGGAAAACCCUAAACCUCUCAAUCGGUUGAGCUUGAUUUCUUCUUCUACUGGAUCGAAUACUCAAAAGUAGAUUAGGCUUUGGAGGUUAGAUAGUGGAGGCUUUGGAGUGAGGGACCACCCAUUGGGAGAAGUUUUUGUUAUUGCCGUGCGGUGUCAAAGUUGGUAUUAAGAAUUUAAAUUCGCUGUGCUAUUCUGAAGUCAAAAAUGCAAACCAAGAAAAAACUUCCUGGAAGAAAUUCUACGCGGGAGCUUCCGAGUCCCAAGGUCCGUAAGCCACAAAAGAAGGUGACUGAUAAUACCCAGAUAUCAGACAAGAAAGUGGCAGAUAUCAUCACAUCUUCUGCUAGAAAACAGAGAUUUGUGAAACUUGCAGCUGGAAUCCCUUCAAAGACAAGUAUAGAACCUGUGGAGCCAAAUCAAAUAAACACAAAUUACUUUUUGGCACACGAAGAGGCUCAAAAUAUCUGCUCGGGGUUUGAUGCAGGAAACAUGAAUGGAUUGGACCAUAAGGAUUGCAAUGACGGAAAUGCUCCACGUGCAGACACACUAUUUUCUCCUUCUUUUCACAUCUCCAAAGAGGUUGACGGAGACAUAGCGGAUCGUGUGGAUUUUAUGAAGUACUUUCAGAGUGAAGAUGACAGCAACCUUCAGGGAUCGUGUAAUGAUAUGGAUAUAGACUCAAAUAUGUCAUUCAGGCGGUCAGAUGUGCAGAAUAGUAGUGGUGACAUGUCUUUAGAGAUGAACGGUGUGAGUGCACACUGUAAUGAAGUUUUAAGUGGUUCCAACCUUUCUUCUGAAGUUUCUGCUAUAUAUCUUGCUAUGCAACAUUCAAAAGAGGAGUAUAUUAAUGAUCCAAGUCAGGAAUCUAUCUCAGAGGAAGUUUGCGUGGAGGCUGAAGAUGGUGACGAAGUAGAUGAUUUUGAUCCAUAUUUAUUCAUAAAACAUCUACCUCACUUAUCAUCACUGGUCCCAACUUUCCGGCCCAUGCUGCUGCCAAAACGAACACGGAGCUGCCCUCCUACUACUCUUGUGUUGGAUCUGGAUGAGACUUUGGUGCAUUCUACUCUAGAGCACUGUGAUGAUGCAGAUUUUACAUUUACCGUAAAUUUUAACAUGAAAAAGCAUACAGUUUAUGUUCGUUGUCGUCCUUAUCUAAAGGAUUUCAUGGAACGGGUGGCGAAUCUAUUUGAGAUUAUUAUAUUUACUGCCAGCCAAAGUAUCUACGCGGAACAGCUGUUGAAUGUUUUGGAUCCUAAGAGGAGAAUAUUCCGCCACCGUGUAUUUCGUGAAUCUUGCGUUCUAGUGGAUGGGAAUUACCUUAAAGAUCUUUCAGUUCUUGGCCGCGAUCUAGCACAUGUUAUCAUAAUCGACAACUCUCCGCAGGCGUUCGGGUUCCAAGUCGAUAAUGGAAUACCAAUUGAGAGUUGGUUUGAUGACCGAUCCGAUCAAGAAUUGCUAUCAUUACUUCCAUUCUUGGAGAGCUUGGUCGGAGUCGAAGACGUUCGUCCUUUAAUAGCAGAAAAGUUCAACCUUCGAGCAAAAAUAGCUGCUGCCAUAUAUCCAUCACAUUUCAAUAGAGGUGAUCUUUUUGAGAGGUGAUCCCUUCAUAUGAAUUGCUGUGUUUUAGUUUGUAUCAAUGUAUACAUUAUCCUCUGAGUGAAAUGAAACUCCUUAAAUGUCGUUUGAGGAAGAAUGAUUUAUAAAAGUUCUAAAAUCAGAUCCCAGAGCGUGAAGCAGUUGACAUUGUCAAAUUCAGAGAGCAAGAGAUGCUCGUGAGAAUGGUCUCAUUAUGUAUGAGUUGUCUCACUCUUUCCCCCUCUUUAACAAAGUCAUUAGAGAGUGGGUUCAUUAUGUAAAAGGUGUAUGGAUCUAUCUAGUUGGUUCGUCAGUAGAACUUAGGAAAGAUACUAGAACUAGAAUGAGAAUAGGAUCUUAUAAAUAGUGAAUAAAAAUGUGUUGUGAUGAGAAGGAAGGCAUGAAAAAGUUCUGGGCAUAUUGUAUUUUGCAGGUUUCAGUCAGUAAACGAUUCAAUACCUUUCUAGGCCUUUUGGCUAAGAUGGGUCAGUAAAGAUAAACAGAAGUUGGAUUAAAGAUUUUUCCUUCAAAUCUUUUUUCAUUGCA